AUGGCUUCCUCAUCCUCAAACACUCUCCCUACUGCUAUGACCAACACAUCUCCUCCAAAUCUCACCUUUCAUGAAAAACUGGAAGGACCCAACUAUCUGAGUUGGACCACCCAAUUCCUACCUAUUUUGCGCAGCCAAGAAGCUAUGGGCAUAGUUGAUGGAAUCGAACCUUGCCCUCCCAAAUUUUUGACUGAUGAAAGCAACAAGGAAACUCCUAAUCCUGCAUUUGCUACCUGGCAAAAGAAAGACCAAAACGUUCUCAACUGGAUCAACAUAACUUUGUCAAAGAAGGGUUUUCAACAAGGCUCUAAAAGCUGUUUAGACUACAUCCAAGCUACCAAAGAAUGUGCUGGCCAACUGGCUGCAGUCGGCAAGCCUCUCCCAGAUGAGGAUCUAAUCACAUAUCUCACAAAUGGACUGAAUCCCACCUUCAACAGCUUCAUCACUACCAUCUCCAUUCUGACCCGUGACAAGCAAUUCAGCUUUGAAGACUUCCAAGAUGAGCUCUUAAACCAUGAGAUGCUACUUAAGCAUCAACAAGUCCAAACUGUGGACACUUCCACCUUUGCACUGUUCAAUCAGAAGCCAACCGACCGAUCCUUUGCUCCAAGACCCCGUGGGGGCUCAUUCUCAAGAUUCUCUCCCCCAAAGUACUCUCCAAGAAACUUUGUCCCGAGGUCAGAUGCAACAGCUCCUACCACUCGGUACAAUGCAGUUCCUCCUCCUGCAAGAUAUUCUAGCCAACCCAAAUAUUCGGCCCCUCAAUCAACAAAUGAUUCCAGACCUAUCUUCUCCAAUGCCCCCAAGAUACCUUGUCAAAUCUGUGGUAAGCUUAAUCACCUUGCUCUUGAUUGCUUCCACAGGAUGGAUUAUGCAUUUCAAGGCAGACGACCACCUACUCAAUUGCAUGCUAUGGUGUCUUAUACCAACUGUGCCUAUGAAGACCAAGCAAUGCAGUUCCUCCUCCUGCAAGAUAUUCUGGCCAACCCAGAUAUUCGGAUGGAUUAUGCAUUUCAAGGCAGAUGA